CGCCUUCUCCACGGCGGCGGCGGCGAUAUCGGCCUCGACUCCUCGUCGUCGUUCCUCCCGGGGUGCUCUGCUUGAUCGGCGACAGUGCUUCGGUUUUCUUGCCGAAGGUCCAUGGACAGCACGGCGGCGCCAGCGAACAACGGCGACGGCGGGGCAGCCGCCUCGCCGCCGACGACGUCGCGGCGGCGCAUGCCGGACUUCCAGCAGUCGGUGCGGCUCAAGUACGUGAAGCUCGGGUACCACUACCUCAUCUCCAACGGCGUGUACCUCCUGCUGACGCCGCUCAUCGUCCCCGUCGCCGUCCACCUCACCACGCUCUCCGCCGGCGACGUCGCUGACCUCUGGGCGCACCUCCGCUUCAACCUCAUCUCCGUCGUGGCCUGCUCCACCCUCCUCGUGUUCCUCGCCACCGUCUACUUCCUGACCCGCCCGCGCCCCGUCUACCUCGUCGACUUCGCCUGCUACAAGCCGCCGCCGGAGCGCCGGUGCAGCCGCGACACCUUCAUGCGCUGCUCCAGGCUCGCCGGCUGCUUCACCGCCGACAGCCUCGAGUUCCAGCGCAAGAUCAUCGAGCGGUCGGGCCUCGGCGACGACACCUACCUCCCCGCCGCCGUGCUCCGGGUGCCGCCCAACCCGUGCAUGGCGGAGGCGCGGCUCGAGGCGGAGGCCGUCAUGUUCGGCGCCGUCGACGACCUCCUCCGCAAGACGGGCGUGAGCGCCAAGGACAUCGGCGUCCUCGUCGUCAACUGCAGCCUGUUCAACCCGACGCCGUCGCUGUCCGCCAUGGUGGUGAACCACUACAAGCUCCGCGGCAACAUCACCAGCUACAACCUGGGGGGCAUGGGCUGCAGCGCCGGCCUGCUCGCCAUCGAUCUCGCCAAGGACCUCCUCCAGGUGCACCCCAACACGUACGCGCUGGUGAUCAGCACGGAGAACAUCACCCUCAACUGGUACGCCGGCAACGACCGCUCGAAGCUCGUGUCCAACUGCCUCUUCCGGAUGGGCGGCGCGGCGAUCCUGCUGUCGAACCGGCGGCCGGAGAAGGCGAGGUCCAAGUACGAGCUGGUGCACACGGUGCGCACCCACAAGGGCGGCGACGACAAGUGCUUCGCGUGCGUCACCCAGGAGGAGGACGGCGACGGCAACGUCGGCGUCUCGCUGUCCAGGGACCUCAUGGCGGUGGCCGGCGACGCGCUGAAGACGAACAUCACCACCCUCGGCCCGCUCGUGCUGCCGCUGUCGGAGCAGCUGCUGUUCGCCGCGACGCUGGCCGCCAGGAAGCUUCGCAUCUCCCCCAAGAUCAGGCCGUACAUCCCGGACUUCAAGCUCGCCUUCGAGCACUUCUGCAUCCACGCCGGCGGCCGCGCGGUGCUGGACGAGAUCGAGAAGAACCUGCAGCUCAGCGAGUGGCAUAUGGAGCCCUCCCGGAUGGCGCUGCACCGGUUCGGCAACACGUCGAGCAGCUCGCUGUGGUACGAGCUCGCGUACAGCGAGGCGAAGGGGAGGAUCGGGAGGGGGGACAGGGUGUGGCAGAUCGCCUUCGGCUCGGGGUUCAAGUGCAACAGCGCCGUGUGGAGGGCGCUCCGGCCGGUGAACCCGGCGGAGGAGCUGGAGAAGAAGAACCCCUGGAUGGAUGAGAUCCACAGGUUCCCCGUCGCUGUUCCCAAGGUUUCUAGGGUUUCGGCCGACUAACGAGAUUUCUAUCGUCAUUUCUCUAAAAUUUUACCGCAAAGAUCAACAGAAAGAGAGGUUAAAACUUUAAUUUGUUUAGUCUUCUCUAUCCUUGUUAGGUAGGCCCGUCACUGGUUGGCGUUAUUGUCAUUGGUCAUUGGGUUUAAUUUUAACUUUUUGUGUGGCAUUUACAGAUUAUUUUGAUCUUUCAAUCUGCUGUGGGUUAGUUUGAGAUGAUUUUGUCGGGAGGAACAGGAGUGUAGUGGUUGUUCUGUCUUGUGUGUUAUCCUACUAUUUUACUGAUUAUUAUGGAUGAAAUUUGGCGAAU